GCUGGCUCCACGCACGCCCGUCGCUGGCUCGGUGCGGCCGCCAUGCCCGCACCGCGUCGCCCCCGUCGCCCCGGCCGUCGGGACGCGUCGCCCCGCGCGGGGCUGUGCGCGGUGGAAGCGGCGGAGGGCAGCGCCGUGCUGCUGCUGCUGCCGCCGCGGCAGGCGCUGAGCUUCUCCGGUAAGUGCGGCGUGCGCUGCUUGCUGGGCGCCGCCCGCGUGCUGGGCUUCGCGCUGGCCCCGCACCAGCCGCCGCUGCGCGCCUUCGCGCCCUCCUCGCACUGCGCGCUGCGCAUCGAGGCGCUGCCGCCCGCCGCCCGCGCCGACCCGCACCAGCUCCGCGCCGCCGCCCGCCGCGCCAUGCGGGCUCACCGAGUGCGCCGCCAGGCGCGGGUGAAGGUGCUGGCGCGGUUCUCUCCCGAGUGCACGCUGGUGCUGCUGGAGCACCUGGACACGCCGGUGACGCGGUUCCUGCUCAGCCACCCGCAGCUCUCGCAGCUCUUCGAGCCCCAGAAAAAGGAGGAGUCCAGCUUCACGCCGGAAGACGCGGUCCUGGCGUCUGUGGGAAUUGUGAAGUGCAGCCCCGAGCGCGGGCUGCUGGUGUCGGAGAGCAUGGUGCUGGCGCUGGAGGAGCUGAUCCAGGCAUGCUGUGCGGAAGAUGAAGGUGUCCCUGUGAUUCUGGUGUGUGGCCCAAAAAACACCGGGAAAUCGACAUUUAACAGAUACCUGAUUAAUCUGUUACUGAACCGCCUUCCCUCUGUUGAAUAUAUGGAAUGUGACAUAGGUCAAACUGAGUUUACGCCGCCGGGAUGCGUAUCCUUAAGUAACGUGACAGAGCCAAUUCUAGGCCCCCCGUUCACUCACCAGCAGACGCCACGUAAGAUGGUGUAUUACGGCCAGACUAGCUGCGAGCAGGACACAGAGAGGUACCUCGACGUCGUGAAGUACGUGUUCAGCUCCUACAAGAAGGAGGUGCCCUUGGUCAUCAACACCAUGGGCUGGGUGAAAGGUGAGGGGCUGCUGCUUCUGAUUGAUAUCAUUCGGCUGUUGUCGCCCAGUCACAUUGUUCAGAUGGAUGUGUACGACUGGAAGGCCAUGGCUCCGCUCACACCGGAGUACGUGCACCUCACUCCCGGCCUGUACACCAAGGGCAAACAGCAAUCGAAGUGCAAGCAGAUGAGUAUGAAUGCAGCGGAGAGCUGGAAACCGUCGGAAGGGGAGGGAGAUGCAUCGGCUCCCGAGUAUAAGUUGCUCUACGUCCAUCCGGAGUUUCCUCGAGCAGGAGUUGCAGGUGAAGCGCGAGUGCACAGCGGGGUCUUGCGGGACAUGUCCAUCCUGGGCUACCUGGGUCAGCUGCAGUACCCCGACAUCGGGGCGGUGCUGCCGCUGCACAGUCUGGUGCCGUAUCAGGUACCGUUCAGUGCUGUAGCAGUCAGGGUUAUUCACACGGACGUCGCUCCUACCAACAUCAUGUAUGCCAUGAACGCCAGCUGGGUCGGGCUCUGCAGGAUACCGGAUGAGAUCCGCUGCCAGUCGGAGGGGCCGGUCCUGCUGACACAGACACCGGUCUGUGACUGCUUUGGCUUCGGAAUCGUCCGAGGGGUCGAUAUGGAGAAGAAGCUUUACUACAUUUUGACGCCGGUGCCUCCAGAGAACCUGAGACAAGUGAACUGUCUGCUCCUGGGCAAUAUCGCCAUCCCAAACUGUGUUCUCGUGGGCCAGCAAGGAGUUGAGGGAGAGAUCCCAUAUGUCACAUCCGAUUAUAACUACAGCAUCCUGGGCUCUGGGAAGCUGAGGAAGAAGAAGCAUUUCAAGCGGAGGGAAUACACAUUCGAGUGUGAUUACACCUGAAGCCUUGGAAACUCAGGGUUGGUUGUGUGGAGACUGGCAGGAACCCAGGGGAUGUCAUGGAGCCCCGAGCGCUGCGGAGCCCAGAGAGUCCCUGGCUGAGUGUCCAGAGCGGAUACUGCAGCGUGUCCGGUUCAGGUGAUGUUUUAUAGUUGCCGUUUGUAUUUCAGUGUUUUCUAAUAAAACUGUUAAAAGUGU